AUGCUUAAACACGCUACUUAUGUUGAACGUGCACGUGCAUAUUGUCUAGUGCGAGCUAGAGUAGCUAAACUUAUGGAAAUGGCACAGAUUGAUAAUAAUGAAGAAGUAUUAUCUCCGGCAACUAUUAGUGAAACAAGUAGUAAUAUGACAAUUGCAAAACGUGCUCGUCAUGAAUUAGAAAUCUAUUUACAACUGAAUUUAACUAAUUGUAAAUGUUUAAAUGAUGAUAUUGACAAUACAUUGUUGUUCUGGAAAGAACAAGAACAUGUACUACCCAAUAUACCACGAUUAGCAAAACAAAUUUUUUUCAUUCCUGCCUCUUUAGCUGCGGUAGAACGCGCAUUCAGUUCAGCCGGUAUUGUCGUAUUACAGAGAAAAAUCAAUAUCAAUCCAUCUACAGUUAAUGAUAUGAUACUUAUUCGAUCGGCUGCAGCUUAUUUGAAGACCCAUACAUAG